AUGAAGUCUUCUUUUACAGUCAACCUUGUUUCGAAAGCGCAAAGUGGGUGGACCACCUGGUCUUCUUGGAGCACGUGUAAUGUCACAUGUUCUGGUGGAAUCCAGUCCCGCUCCAGGUAUUUCUUGGACCCUGCAGGAAGAAUAGACGUAUCAGCGUGUCGGGGAGAUGACAAGAUGGAGAGGGUGUGUAACACAAAAGGGUGUGUAACACAAAUCCUUGCCCGGGUGAGUAUAACAAGAUGGAGAGGGUGUGUAACACGAGUCCUUGCCCGAGUGAAUAUUUCUAGCAAUUCCUUGCCGCAUGCGCAUAAAACUCUUAUCUUCAUUCUAGUGAGUGGUGGUUGGUCUUUGUGGUCGACAUGGACAAGUUGUUCAGUCACGUGCUCCACUGGCGUCCAAUCAAAAUCCAGGUCGUGCUCAAACCCUGCCCCUCAAAAUGGCGGUGCCUACUGUCUAGGGGAGGGUCAUGUUUCACAAAGCUGUGACAUGAGUCCUUGUCCAGUGAGCGGUGCGUUGUCUCCCUGGUCGUCAUGGACCCCCUGCAAUACCUCCUGCUCUGGUGGGACCAGGACCCGACUCAGACCAUGCUCAAACCCAGCCCCCCAGCAUGGCGGAGCUGCCUGUCAGGGGGAGGGUGAGGAGACACAGGACUGCAACAUACACCCUUGUCCAGGUGAGGCUAUACAAAGAUCAACAUUGAGGCGCUGCCUGUCAGGGGGAGGGUUAAUGGCGGAUGGUCCGCUUGGACUAACUGAUUAUCACAUCUCUCCUCUCUUAUUCUGGUUAAUGGCGGAUGGUCCGUUUGGAGUAUCUGAUUUUCACAUCUCCUCUCUUAUUCUAGUUAAUGGCGGAUGGUCCGCUUGGAGUAACUGGACACCCUGCAGCGUCAAGUGUGAAGGCGGAACCCAGUCACGUGACAGGAACUGUACGCACCCCUCUCCCCUGAAUGGCGGUGACAACUGCGUGGGGGAGGGUAAAGAAACGAGGGCAUGUAAUGACUUUAGAUGUCAAGGGCAUGAAACGUCUGAAAUUUUAGGUCGCAGUGACGGUUUUCUCCAGGUCUUGUACUCCUACCUUCGUUCGGUAGAGAACUACCUUGACACAAACUGGACAAAAUGUUAUCGUACCAGCAAUCAAAGCUGGUCAGCGAGCACCUUCCAUAGCAACUGUGAUAACAAAGGUCCUACUGUGACCAUCGUCCGCGUGGGGGAGAAUGUCUUCGGUGGAUACACUGACAGGUUUUGGGACAAUUCAAGGCCCCGGUACAAAUCUUCAGAAAAGUCCUUCCUGUUUACACUGUUCAACACCGAAGGUUACAAACCCGCCAAAUUAUCCCUCAAAGCCUCUCCCUCGUCUGUUGCCAUUGACACUGGUUCUGGUGACGGGCCGAUAUUCGGUGCAGGGCCUGACUUGUACAUCGGCCCUCGCGCGUACGGUCAGCCAUCUUCCUACACGCGAUCCCUCACGUACGAGCUGCCAGACGGAUGCAACAAUAGAGCAUGCGCAGUACUGGCGGGCAGCUACAAGUUUAACCCGACGGAAGUAGAAGUGUUCUAUGAUGCAAACUCAAAAUGGGAUCUGAAAGAGUCCUCCAUACUCAGACGAAAAGACCCAAAAUACCUACACGACCUCUUGGGAUUCCUGCGGCCAGUGCAGCAAACUCCAUCAAGUCGGUGGGAGAUGUGCUAUUCUGCUAAAAGAGAUGGCUGGGCAUCUCUGACAUUCCACCGAAAGUGUAACGGAAAAGCGCCGAAUGUCGUCAUCGUCAGCGUCGCGGAUCAAUACGUGUUCGGGGGAUACAGCGACGUGCCUUGGACAAGACGAAGUAAGAGAAAAUCCAUGUACAGAUUAUCGCUGCCGUUACGAAGGCGCUACGAGAGGUUAUUUUCGCGAGUCAGCGGCUACACGCAGGCUAGUAGAGAUGUGAAUGUUUUUUUGGUUUAAAGCGUUCGCUAUUUCUAGAACGUGCGUAUUUUUGUCAUAUGAUUGUAAUGUUUUUGUUUCGUCACGCUCCGCUAAUGUUUUAAAUUUUGAUGAAACUAUAUGAUAAAAGAUUUUGGUGAAACUAUAUGGUAUCACAUUCUGGUGAAAGUAUAUGAUAAAAUAUUUUGGUGAAACUAUAUGGUAUAAUAUUGUGGUGAGACUAUAUGAUACAAGAUUUUUGUGUCAGCUUAUGAAUAAAUUACUGGAACUAUAUGCUUUCUUCAUUUCGUGGAAUCCGUGCGGUGUGUGCGGGUUUCAUUUUAUAAUGCAAUCGUAUGGUUACAGCUGCUUCGUGACAUUCUUUGAAUAUUAAUUCUUCGGAGCGAGUCAGGGAUUCACCGCGGGCGAGUGUAAGCAUGUCUAUUGUAUUCGGAUAUAGGGGAUUCCCCGCUACGUCGUACAUUCCACUCUUCCCUAACAAUCGAGCUCUCGUGAGGCAAACACGAAAGCUAGCUCCAGACUCGCUGGUUGUUAGGGAACUCUGGAAUGCAAUCUAUUGUUCUCCACGUGGACAGUGAUUGUGUUUUAAUUAGUGGCACGUGGAUCGCUCGUGGUAAGCUUUGUGUUUAUAGUCGACACAGCUGUGUCAUGACGUCGCAUAAAAAUAUAAUCUCUUGUAUUAGCAUAUAGAAUGGAUUGUAACGCAGGAAUUCAUUUGGCGUUGGAGGAGGAGGGAUAUUACGAUUGUUUAUUUUGUGAUCUAAGGAUAGCGGAAUAAGUGACUAAGGGAGAAUCGGCGAGGUUCGAGGCCUGUUGUGGUAGGCAGGAUAUGGUAAAUGACAAUGAAGCUAAUGUGUGUAGAAAUUGUGGUGUUCACCAUGGAUACGUCUAUGCCGUCGAGUAUGUUGAUUUUUACGAGAAUAUGUACAGGAUACGUAGGAAAGCAGUGUACCAUUUAGAAAAUGUGUUGUUUGAUUUUGACUUAGAAGGGAAUAAGCAUGACCUACUCAGGAGGUUCAGACAGUUGAGACGGCUAUGAAUAAGUUAUUUAUUAGGAGACGAUAUAUUCAGAUAAAGUUCAUUCUCUACAAAUUGUUUUAAUUGAAAGAUUAGAAGCGGAGUAUGAGGCAAUGUAUAAAAUAUAUCAGUCCUAGGACACUGAGGUAUUAUGAGAAGUUGUGUAAGCAGGUUUGUGAUCGUCUAGGAUAGACGUACAUUCAUGGUAGAGAGUUUAUAACUAAGUGAUAACUAAGUGACGAAGUGAUCACCAUCUUUCUCUAGAGAUAUGUAUAUGCUUCCCAUAUGGGGUCUUAUCAUAAUAAAACCUUAUGCUAAA